UUUUUCUCAUCAUCUGAAGCCACAAUAAGUAAGUCAGCGCCGUCUUUCAUUGUUCUUACACAUUUGAGGAAGAUCGAGCUAUUGUUUUGAGAUGACGACAUCCCUUGAUCCGGCAGUAUAAGUACCGGUGUGUAUGUUCCCAUUCUCCACAUCAGCCUGGAUGUCCUGCAGUCAUGUUCAGCUUCAAAGUCAGCACCAUGCUGUUGCUGGCAUGUUCCAUCAUCAGAGCAGUGGAUUCCACGAAGAAAGUUACCACCUGUUACAACGGCGACAAUGUCCAGCGCCUGAGCUGUGAUACCGGAGUGAUCCAAGUGCAUUCAGCCCUGUACGGACGUAAGGACAAUGAGACCUGCAGUGAGGGAAGACCUCCGUGACAACUUGCCGAUACAACUUGUUCUCUGGCGGGCACAACGGCGUUGCUCAAGAGGAGGUGUGAUGGCAAGAGGGAGUGUGAACUGAACCCGAACACCGUUCGUACCUCUGAUCCCUGCCGUGGAAUCUCCAAAUACCUGCAAACCAUCUACUCCUGCUUCCCAGCAAUUCACUUUGCUACAUGUGAGGGCUCUUUGGCAAAUCUCCAAUGCGAUCAAGGACUGCAAAUACGAGUGUACGGUGCCGACUACGGUCGCCGAGACACCACCACCUGCAUUUACAAGCGGCCCGCUGCUCAGGUUCAAAAUGUCCUCUGCUCAGCCCCCAGCCCCAAAGUUGCUGAACGCUGCAGUGGGAAAAACAACUGUACUAUCAGUGCCACCAACUCAGUGUUUGGAGACCCCUGUGGUGGCACUUACAAGUACUUGGAGGUGGCUUACAUAUGUCAGUAUCCCUUGAUCCGGCAGUAUAAGUACCGGUGUGUAUUUUCCCAUUCUCCACAUCAGCCUGGAUCUCCUGCAGUCAUGUUCAGCUUCAAAGUCAGCACCAUGCUGUUGCUGGCAUGUUCCAUCAUCAGAGCAGUGGAUUCCACGAAGAAAGUUACCACCUGUUACAACGGCGCCAAUGUCCAGCGCCUGAGCUGUGAUACCGGAGUGAUCCAAGUGGAUUCAGCCCUGUACGGACGUAAGGACAAUGAGACCUGCAGUGAGGAGAUACCACCAAACCAACUUGCCGAUACAACUUGUUCUCUGGCGGGCACAACGGCGUUGGUCAAAACGGGGUGUGAUGGCAAGAGGGAGUGUGAACUGAACCUGAACACCGUUCGUACCUCUGAUCCCUGCCGUGGAAUCUCCAAAUACCUGCAAACCAUCUACUCCUGCUUCCCAGCAAUUCACUUUGCUACAUGUGAGGGCUCUUUGGCAAAUCUCCAAUGCGAUCAAGGACUGCAAAUACGAGUGUACGGCGCCGACUACGGUCGCCGAGACACCACCACCUGCAUUUACAAGCGGCCCGCUGCUCAGGUUCAAAAUGUCCUCUGCUCAGCCCCCAGCCCCAAAGUUGCUGAACGCUGCAAUGGGAAAAACAACUGUACUAUCAGUGCCACCAACUCAGUGUUUGGAGACCCCUGUGUUGGCACUUACAAGUACUUGGAGGUGGCUUACAUAUGUCAGUAUGCUUAGGUCUCUCCAACGCAGCUUUCAGAAUAUUAAUCUGUGUUAACCGGCUGGCGUCAGUCAUAAACCAAUAAAUAUGCAUUUAAUCAAA